GACGUAGAGCCUAGCAACCGCGCAGGCUCGCAGCCGACACCGUUAUGGCCGCCGCCGCCCUGAGGAGGAUGAGGGGAGCCCAGCAAGCGAAACUGCGGUCCAGGCCGGCCAUCCAGGUCCCCGGAGGGCUGGCGCUGCUGCUGGUCCUGGCGCUUCUGCUCUCGUCCGCCACCAUGUCCAGUGCUCUAUCACAGGCUGAUUCGCCGAGCCAGACUGUACUCAAGACACAUGUUUCUUCUCCAAAUACGAAUGCUUUAACAAAUGAAAACCAAACCAAACCUUCUAUUUCCCAAAUCAGCACCACUCUCCCUCCCACAACUAGUACAGAAAAAAGUGGAGUGGCAUCUCUGUCCCCUCAUCCCUCGCCUACUACUUCUCUGUCCCAAGAGGAAGCUGAUAACAAUGAAGAUCCUAGCAUAGAGGAGGAGGAUCUUCUCACACUGAAUAGUUCUCCGUCCACUGCCAGAGACACUCUGGACAAUGGAGAUUAUGGAGAACCAGACUACGACUGGACCACCAGCCCCCGGGACGAUGAGUCCAAUGAGGCCUUGGAAGAAAACAGGAGCUAUAUGGAAAUUGAACAGUCAGUGAGACCUUUUAAGACCCCACCCUCAAAUAUAGAAGAAGAAGAUAGCCAUUUCUUUUUCCAUCUUAUUAUUUUUGCUUUUUGUAUUGCUGUUGUUUAUAUUACAUAUCACAACAAAAGGAAGAUUUUCCUUCUGGUUCAAAGCAGGAAAUGGCGUGAUGGUCUUUGUUCCAAAACAGUGGAAUAUCAUCGUCUAGACCAGAAUGUUAAUGAGGCAAUGCCUUCUCUGAAGAUUACCAAUGAUUAUAUAUUUUAAAGCACUGUGAUUUGCGUUUGCUUAUUACGUAAUUUUAUUUGCUUGACUUUUUAUAUGAUAUUGUGCAGAUGUUCACCAUUGGCAGUUAGUACUUAAAUGAGAGGUGGGCCUCUCUUUAUUUUGCCUUGGUGCUUUGGAAGUUAAGUAUCAUGAACAAGGAGUAUAUAAUUUUUUUAUCUACAUUUUUAGAGUUGAAUUCAAUCAGGUGUCCAAAAUGUGGAGCUAAGCAUUACCUGUUUUUAUUGUUUUAGAUUUCUUUAUUGUGCUUUUUCUGGAAGUGUUAGUAAUGCUACUUUUAAAAGAUCCCAAACUUACAAUUAAAUUCUAACACAUCUGAUACUGCUGAUUCAGAUUCUCUUUCUGCCAUCCAAAUACUGUUUCUUAAGCACACAUUUCUUUGUGCUGUCAAACUGUAUCUAUGUAUGUAAGGAUGUAUGUAAUAAUGCUUUAUAUAUAAGUAACAUUUUUUUCUUCCAGGAAAAUUGCUUUGGAUAUUUUUGGAUAACUUCUACAUAAUUUAUUAUUGCUCAUUCUGACCACAAUUUUAAGUAACACAUUAAUAAAUUUGUCUAGAAAUUUUGGCAGUAGAGACUCUGCAGUUUGCAGUGGACAUAAAUAAAAUGUUAUAGAGAGCAUUUUUUGGUUUGAAUUACUGAAUUAAAUUUAGAGGUAGAAAUUGUCAUAAAAUUUUAAAUACGUGAAUAAUUGCUUUUACUUAGCAACUGAUUGUAGUAUGGGUUUCUCCAAGCUUUCAAGCUAGGGGCAGAGUUUAAAAUUAUACCAUAUUUGUUCACUUGUUUAUUUUUUUAUAGUUAAGUUUGAAUAAAUUUUAGGGGCCAUGUCACUUAAAUAAUAUUGUAUCUAAGUCUUUCAAAUUAAAAUUAUACCUGAAUGAAGUUGUUUAUAUACAUGAAGGAUAUAUGUGUACGCUGACUCUUUCUCCCCCUGUAUUUGUUUUGUUUUCUUGUUCUUUUUUAAUAGAAACUGGAAAUUAUUUACUGUAUUUAAUUUUAGCCUGUCUUUCUAUCAUAAGGAGUUGAUCAAUAUGUAAAUAUGUGAUUUGAAACCUGGUUGACUUCUUACAAGUGUCACGACAACUUUUUAGAAAACAUAACCCCUAAUAUAUGUUAAACACCACUCACAAAGCCCGGAUGAGCCAGUGGGCAUGCGGUUUGUGUAGAGAUGGAAGAGGCAGGGCAGUCCAUUGUUGCUCUCGGGUGGACAAUUUACUGUUAUAAUAAGGAAGGGGGGGCUUCCCUGGUGGCGCACUGGUUGGGAGCCCGCCUGCCAGUGCAGGGGUCACGGGUUCGGGCCCUGGUCCAGGAGGAUCCCACAUGCCGCAGGGCAACUAAGCCUGGGCUGUAUAACUUUAAAAAAAAAAAAAAAAAAAUAAGGAAGGGAAGCAGAGUGGAAAUACACCUGAACUGAUUUAUUGCAGUAAUUUUUUUCAUAUCUGAAAUUGUAUUAUUUAAUAUUUUGAAUAAGAUUUUAAAAAAUAAAUGGCAAAGGUAUAAA